AUGGCGACCCGUAUUCAGUUUGAGAACAACUGUGAAGUCGGUGUUUUCUCCAAGCUGACAAAUGCUUACUGUCUGGUAGCGAUUGGAGGGUCAGAGAACUUCUACAGGAAACAAGAAUGGACUUCUAUUGCCACAUACUACAACCGACCAAGAUCUGGUUAUUAG